GGGAGCCGGCCAGCAUCCUUUCCCAGGCAGUGGCCUCCCGGCCGCAGAGCGCCUGCCCACAGACAUGGCGGCGCCCUGCUCGGCUUCGCGUCACGGGGACCGUGGGUCCGGGCAGGCCGUGCCAGUACUCAGGGACUUCCUCCACGCAUCGGCUUCCUGCACCGCUGGCAUUUAAACGCGCGCCUGGGGCUGAGGGAUGCUGCUACGGAUGCGGAGCUGUCCUCCGGCUGUGGCGCGCUGACACCUGCCCCGAGCGGUCUCGGCCAGGCAGGAGCACAACCCAAGCAUCCCCUAGCCGAGGGCCGGGCAGAGCAGGCGAGGGCUGGGGGAGAUAGGAGACCCCCGCACAGUCCCAGCAUCUGGCAGUUCGUCACAAGUCGGGCUCGAGGUUGCAACCUUCCUCCCGCAGCCCAGAUCAUUUUCCGGGGCUGCCGGAUGAAGCGGGGGCUGGGCUGGGUCCCAGUCGCCGGGGCAGAAGAAGCGCCCGGGCCAUGGUGCGGCUGAGCCCCGCGCUCGGGUGAGGCGGCGGCGCGGCUCGAGCCCGGAGGGGCGCCUUCCCCAGGAGCCUUCCCCGCGGAGCCUUCCAGGGGGCCGCGAUGUUCAGCUGGCUGGGUACCGACGACCGCCGGAGGAAGGACCCCGAGGUCUUCCAGACGGUCAGCGAGGGGCUCAAGAAACUCUACAAGAGCAAGCUGCUGCCGCUGGAAGAGUAUUACCGCUUCCACGAGUUCCACUCGCCUGCCCUGGAGGAUGCCGAUUUUGACAACAAGCCUAUGGUCCUGCUGGUGGGCCAGUACUCCACCGGGAAGACCACCUUCAUCAGGUACCUGCUGGAACAGGAUUUUCCAGGCAUGAGGAUUGGACCUGAGCCAACCACUGACUCCUUCAUUGCGGUGAUGCAAGGAGACACGGAGGGGAUCAUCCCUGGGAAUGCCCUGGUAGUGGAUCCUAAGAAACCCUUCAGGAAACUCAACGUUUUUGGCAACGCCUUCUUGAACAGGUUCGUGUGUGCCCAGCUGCCCAAUGCCGUGCUGGAGAGCAUCAGCGUCAUCGACACGCCCGGGAUCCUCUCUGGGGAGAAGCAGAGGAUCAGCAGAGGGUAUGACUUUGCCGCGGUCCUGGAGUGGUUUGCCGAGCGGGUGGACCGCAUCAUCCUACUCUUUGAUGCCCACAAACUGGACAUCUCGGAUGAGUUCUCGGAAGUCAUCAAGGCCCUCAAGAACCACGAGGACAAGAUGCGGGUGGUGCUCAACAAGGCCGACCAGAUCGAGACGCAGCAGCUGAUGCGGGUGUACGGGGCCCUCAUGUGGUCCCUGGGGAAGAUCGUGAACACCCCAGAGGUGAUCCGGGUCUACAUCGGCUCCUUCUGGUCCCACCCCCUCCUCAUCCCUGACAAUCGGAAGCUCUUUGAGGCCGAGGAGCAGGACCUGUUCAGGGACAUCCAGAGUUUGCCUCGAAAUGCCGCCCUGCGCAAACUCAAUGACCUCAUCAAGAGAGCCAGGCUGGCCAAGGUUCACGCCUACAUCAUCAGCUUUCUGAAGAAGGAGAUGCCCUCAGUGUUUGGGAAGGACAACAAGAAGAAGGAGCUGGUGAACAACCUGGCUGAGAUUUAUGGCCGCAUCGAGCGGGAGCACCAGAUCUCACCUGGGGAUUUCCCUAACCUGAAAAGGAUGCAGGACCAGCUGCAGGCCCAGGACUUUAGCAAAUUCCAGCCACUGAAGAGCAAGCUGCUGGAGGUGGUGGAUGAUAUGCUGGCGCACGACAUUGCCAAGCUGAUGGUGCUGGUGCGCCAGGAGGAGACCCAGCAUCCUGUCCAGAUGGUGAAGGGCGGAGCAUUCGAGGGCACCCUGCAUGGCCCCUUCGGGCAUGGCUAUGGGGAGGGGGCCGAGGAGGGGAUUGAUGAUGUUGAGUGGGUGGUCGCCCGGGACAAGCCCAUGUACGACGAGAUCUUCUACACCCUGUCCCCCGUGGACGGCAAGAUCACAGGCGCUAAUGCCAAGAAGGAGAUGGUGCGCUCCAAGCUGCCCAACAGCGUGCUGGGCAAGAUCUGGAAGCUCGCCGACAUUGACAAGGAUGGCAUGUUGGAUGACGAGGAGUUCGCACUGGCCAAUCACCUCAUCAAGGUCAAGCUGGAGGGGCACGAGCUGCCCAAUGAGCUGCCCGCCCACCUGGUGCCCCCAUCCAAGAGGAAAGUUGCCGAGUGAUGGGGGAAAGGGGCUUCACACGGGCAGUGUUAGAGAAGGGAUGGGAGCAGAAACCACACGCAUACACACACACACACACACACACACACACACACACACACAUCUUGACAACUGCACUGUAGAUGGGAAGGGACCAAGAUCCCUACGUUUCAGGCUGAGCCUCGUUUGGGCACAUCUCCAAGUUCUCAGGAUUGGUAGAAAGACAGACAGCAGCACCUCCAGGUCCCAGAGUGCAAACCUGUGUCUCGGCAUCUCUUUCCCAUCCUUUUUCCCUUCCCCAGAGACCUGAAGCAAUUCACUGGCCCACAGAUGGCCCACCCUCCCUGAUUCCCCAGUGCCUCUGUGCCCGAGCUCUGAGCAGAUGGAAAAGGCUUUACAUUUAAUAGGCAAUUUGCUUUAUUUUCUAUGCUUUUAUUUUUCCCUCUUUGGCUUCCUAAUAAGAAAGCUACCCAGGGGCUAGGGAGGGGACAGCUGUGGGAGGAGAGGUAAGUGGAGAAGCAUCCUCCAAGGCACCGUAUUCCAGACUAUUUGAGAUGUUGGCCUGUUCACUCUUCUCUCCAAACCUGAGGUUUGUCCUCCUCAGCAAGCCUGGCUUUGAACUCUGCCUGCAGUUCAUCUCAAAGAAUCCCAGAGUAAGAGAGAAGAAAAAAAAAACUUGGUAGAAAAAAUCAAGGAAACAAUCUUAUAGUCGUCUACUCAAAAUUAGUCAGAGUGAUGCUAGUCCAUGAUUCUGCCCGAUUCGUGUUCUUUCUACCUGGCCUAGGAUAUUUGGGUGUUCUGACUUGCCUCAGUUAAUCCAGCCCCUCCCGUGUGUGCCAGGAGCUGUGUUAGGCACUUUAUAUAUUCUCUGUGGGCCUCAUUAAUGUCUCAGGUAGGUGUGCAUUUUGAAAAGAUAAAAACCUGAGACUCAGAAGAGAUGAGGUGACCUUCCCAAACUUGCAGAGGUUGCACAUGAUGGAGUGAGGAUUCAAAGCCAGGGUCUUUGAAGACCCACAGACUUGUCCCUGUGCUAUGACGUAUGUAAAUCCCAGCACUGCUGCCCAGUGACAAACCACAGAGAGCCACCCAGGCAUGCAGGCCCCCUUGCAGCAUCCCAGAGCAGGCUGGCAAGGCAGGAGGGCUAGCCAGCUUUUUGUGAGCCAUCAGUCUGGCCAUCUGUCCCCUCAUAGAAGCAAACUGUGCCUUCUGGCUGUGUGCCCCAAGUUCCCAACAUCAGAGAAGCCCAACGCCGCCAGCAGGGGAGUGGGAUGGCCUGCUGAGUGCUGGCAGUGCUGAUCCUUGCUUACCUCCCCCCACACACACACACCCUGAGUCAUCCCAGCUUAAAUGCAGCCACUAGCUCUUAUCAGGCAGUUCCUCGGGCUGACUCUCAGAAGGCUGAUUCAAGAGGAUUGGGGUCUUGUGCCCUGUAAGGUCCCCAGAAACUCUACAGUGUCCUUGGCAAGUCCCCUCCAUACUCAGUGCCCUAUACCCUCCUUUGUGGUCUCUCCCCCGGCUUGCUCCAUGGCCACUGAUCCAGUCACUUUGUUGCCUAUGCUCCUACUGUGAUGGAAAAUGAAACAAGUAUAACUUAUUUUAUAUCUAUGUUCAGACUAUAUGAGAGAAUGUUCUAUGUAUCUAUGAUGUGCUUACUACUGCAGUGCGUUUGUCAUUAGGAUUCAUGUUAAUACAGCACAUUUAUCCUUUGGUA